AUGGCAACUGCCGAAGUAGACGGGGCUAGAUCGUCAGAAAGGACAAUCAGCUUGGAGAACAAAGAGGAAAAGUUUGAGGAUACUGAAAAUGUAGGUACAUUGUUGGACCACCACUGUCAACCUUGUUUUACUGAAGACAUGACAGUCAAAUCGUCUAAGUUUUGUGUAGACUGCAAUGAAUUCCUCUGCAAAGAUUGCAUUAGAGUUCACAGAAAAUUAAACUGCACAAGACACCAUCAAAUUGUAGACAAUAGAGAUGACAUCAGCAACCUUCCUACAAUGACGAGUGCAGGAAUAUGUUUUUAUCACUCUGAUAAGCAAUUAGAUAGGUUUUGUGAACAACAUGAUGAAUUUUGUUGCGUUUCAUGUUUGAAAACCAGACAUAGGGCAUGUAAGGCUAAAUCGACCAUAAACGAAGUUUCAUCAAAACUUUCAGAGGAAGAAGUUAAUGACGUUGAAGAGAAAAUAGAAAAGGUCAUAGUAAAGUUGCAAGAGGUCAAAGCAACUCGCUCAAAAGACAUGGAUUUGCUGGUUACUCAGAGGCAAGAAACCCUGAAUUCCCUCGGAUCAGUAAAGCUUGAUUUGCAGAAUGUAUUUGAGCAACUGCACCAAAAACAUACAGAAACAGUUGAAAGGAAAUGUGUGAAACUUCGAGGAAAAUUAGAAAAUGAUAUUCAAACGUGCGUCGAAAUGGAAGAAAGUUUAAAGAAAUCUGAACUGGCAUUGAAAUGUGAAGAUAAAACAAAGCAGUUUGUAACUAUGAAACAACUCUUAAAACAACUUGUCAUUGUCGAAACUACAGCAAAUGCAAUGGUAAAUGAAGUUCCGGAAAAGAGUUUGGAGUUGAAGAGAACGCCGCUUUGUUCCAGAGUAUUGAAUCAACCAGAACUACUCAUCGAUUUCUCCGAGGAUGUGCGUUUAUACAAAACAACUGGCGAAGCAGACACGGUAUGCGAACGGAAAUUAAAUAUUUUUAGUACUGAAUCAAACGAAUACAAAAAGAUGCGUUGCACCUGCAUAUAUCGGAGCCCCAUAGAUUUGAUAUUUUCUGAUAACUCAUCACUUUCCAUAUAUGACAGAAUGAGAAAACAAACUAAGCAAAUGAGCUUCCGUAUAAAGAUUUCGGCUAUUACUGUGGAGAAAGAUACAUUUUUCAUCGCCCUGCAAGAUCAAGGUUUGAUCGUCACUCCUGGGGAAAAUGACAAAAUGAUGGCUGUUCUUAAAACUGGUGAGCCAUGUGUUGGUGUCAUUAAAUCAUCCAGCAUGUUUUAUGUCACGGUUGCGAGUAAUCAGGCAGGUCAGCUGCGGGAAUAUACUCUUAAAGGAAAUCUGAAUAAUGUUUUGAAAACAAACGAUAAGGGAGAAAACAUACGGUCUAAAGGGGAUUUCUCUAGUGGAUGA